UUGGCGAGCGGCGGACGUCGAACUAGAACAAAUACUUAACAAGACUUCAACUGAAUAAAGAUCGUUAGAAUCGUUGAAAUUAAUUUAAAUACCAGUGCGGUGUGGUACAAGUGAAUGUGUGAAUAUUAUGAACAUUUAAUUAUAGUUUGAAUUGUGUGAUAUCAAACAUGAUUAAUAAGCGAUUGCAGAUUGUGUCUAGGCAUGUGCUUCGACAGGGAUUCCUGCUCCAGGCUAAGCGCAGUGUCUCCACGUCCAUGCCAGUUCUGAUCAGCUACCGACAUCAUAUUGGCAAAGAACCUCUUGUCUAUCGCACUGUGGGCCAGGAGUUGGAGCUGUCGGCGUCAAAGUAUGCCGAUACGGAAGCCAUUGUCUCCUGCCAGGAGGGUAAGCGCUACACCUUCAAGGGCCUGCUGGAGGACGCUGACCGUUUGGCAGCGGGAUUCCGCAAGUUGGGGCUCCAGCCCGGCGAUGCUGUGGGACUGUGGGCGCCCAACUAUAUGCACUGGUACCUGGGCAUGAUGGCAUCCGCCCGGGCAGGCCUCACUUCGGUGGGCAUCAAUCCAGCCUUCCAGGGCCCCGAAAUGGCCUACUGCCUAAAUAAGGUGAAUGUCAAGGCCAUUGUGGCUCCGGAGACGUUCAAGACACAAAACUACUACGAGAUUCUGCGCAGCAUUUGCCCUGAAAUCGCUGAUGCCGAUCAGGGAAAGAUCAAGAGCGAGAAAUUCCCACACCUGCGCUCUGUCAUCAUCGACAGCAAGGACGGCCUCAAGGGCGCUCUGCGCUUUGACGAUUUCCUCGAUCUGGCCAGCAAAACCGAGCGUGAGGAGAUCGGCAAGCUUCAGCCCACGAUCAGUCCCGAAAGUGCGUGUAACAUUCAGUUUACGUCGGGCACCACAGGCAACCCCAAGGCAGCGGCUCUCUCUCACUAUAAUUUCGUGAACAACGGCAUCCAUGUGGGCAAUCGCAACGAGCUCGAGGGGGAGAGAAUAUGCGUGCAGGUGCCACUGUUCCAUGCCUUUGGAGUUGUGAUCACGAUCAUGGCCGCCUUGAACAAGGGCGCCACCCUGGUAUUGCCUGCGGCUGGCUUCAGUCCCAAGGACUCGCUGCAGGCCAUCGUCAAGGAGAAGUGCACUGUGAUACACGGAACGCCGACCAUGUACGUGGAUCUCGUGAGCACGCAACGCAAGCUCCAGGUGCCGUUGGGCAGAAUCAAGAAGGCCAUCACCGGUGGGGCUAUAGUCUCGCCGCAGCUCAUCAAGGAUGUCAAAGAGGUCUUGGGCGUUGAGGCUAUGCACAGUGUCUUUGGUCUGACGGAGACAACGGCCGUCAUCUUCCAGUCUAUGCCCGGCGACAGCGAGGACAGAGUACUCCACACUGUUGGCCAUCUACAGGACCAUGUCGAAGCCAAGGUAAUCGACUCCGAGGGCAACGUUGUGCCUUUGGGCCAGCCCGGAGAGCUGUGUGUCCGCGGGUACACGACUAUGCUGGGCUAUCACGGUGAUCCGGAGAAGACAGAGGAGACCAUGGGGAAGGACAAGUGGCUGCGCACCGGCGAUCAAUUCGUGCUGGAGGCCAACGGCUAUGGCCGCAUCGUGGGUCGCCUCAAGGAGAUGAUCAUUCGCGGCGGUGAGAACAUUUUCCCCCGAGAGGUUGAAGACUUUUUAAACACACAUCCGGAUGUGGUCGAAGCUCAUGUAAUUGGUGUACCCGAUGAGCGUCUGGGUGAGGAACUCUGCGCAUUUGUCCGCCUAAACGAGGACGUUGAUCCGGCGACGUUCACCGUGGAGUCAUUGCGAGCAUACAGCAAGGGAAAACUGGCGCACUUCAAGAUACCGCGCUAUGUGUUCCCUGUCGAGGCAUUCCCCAAGACCACCUCUGGAAAGAUCCAGAAGUUUAAGCUGGUGCAAGAAUUUAAGGAGCGUGUCAAAGGCAAGGAUCGCGAGGCCGUUAGAGUUUAGAGUUUUAGAUGUGUAAAUUGAACAAUAAAUUGUAAAUGGAAAUUCA